AUGUUUAUUCUUAAAGAUAAUAUUCGAACAAUUUCUAAGAAUAAAAUUUUGCGAUGUUUUAUAUCACGGAACUUCAACUUUCAUACAAUAAAUCGUGAUUCUAAUACCAUUAUAAUCAAUCAUAAAAACUUUAGGAAUAAACAAGAAUUCUUUCCAAAAUUAAAUGGUUUAAGAAACAUUCGAACGACCGUUGAUAACAAACGUUCUUUACAAUAUCCACCAUAUUCUCAUUAUGAACGUUUCGAUAAUGCAAUUCCUUUCUAUCAAAAGCGAAACUUCUGGUUGUGGACUAGUGGUUUAGGGGGACUUUCCGGUAUUUAUUACGUUAGUCAUUUGGAAACAGUCCCAAUUAGUAACAGACGACGGUUUAUGGAUGUCACACCUAAACAAGAAGAACUUAUGGCACAACAAGCAUUUAAACAAGUUAAAUCUCAUUAUCGAAAUAAAAUUUUGCACCCGUCGGAUCCUCUUGUCCGUGCCGUAAAAAAGGUGGCAGCGCGAAUCAUAAAAGUUAGUGGAAUGCAAGAUCUGGAUUGGGAAGUAUUUGUUAUAGAAUCCUCGGAACGAAAUGCAUUCGUUUUGCCAGGAGGAAAAAUAUUUGUUUUUACCGGGAUUUUGGAUAUUACAAAAAAUGAGAAUGGCUUAGCAGCCGUUUUGGGUCAUGAGGUCAGAUUUAAAAAUAUCUAUUCAAAGGUCGGUCAUCAAAUUGCACGCCAUAGUGCGGAAAAACUUUCAUUCUUCAAAAUUGUCAUGCUUGGACAAAUUUUUUUAAGUUUAUUAAUUGAUCCUGGAUUUAUUGGUAGUCUUCUUUUCAAGUUUGCAAUAUUUCUUCCAUUCUCACGGAAAUGUGAAAUCGAAGCAGAUUACAUUGGUCUUCUCUUAAUGGCACAAGCUUGUUUUGAUCCUAGGGAAGCAAUAAAAAUGUGGGAAAGAAUGGAACAAGUAUCAAAAGGUAUUCCACAAUUUUUAAGUACUCACCCUAAUCACACAGCCAGAAUACAAAAGAUAGAAAAAUGGAUGCCCGAGGCAUUACAUAAAAGAGAAUUAAGUGACUGUGAACAACUGUACGAAGGUUUUAGAGAUUAUGUUAACCGGUAUGGACCACAAUGGGUUAGAUUUUAA